UAACUAUGCUUUUGAGGUGGAGCAAUGAAGAUUAUGAACAAUCAUGAUCAGAUACGUCAACAACUUAUGAUAAGGUUUGCCUGUUAAUAAAUUGACUGUGUCAUUAACAUUUAAUUUUUCAGGUGCUGGGUACGCAAGAGUUUGUUUUCACCAGGACCUUGACAAGGGAUAGAGAACAUAGAUAACGUAGGCAAUACUGUGACAGAGGCAAAGCUGAAACAUGGUGAUGUGACUUGAAUAAUGAAACAUGAAUAUGAAGAUUUAAAGGAAAUCUUGCAAGUUCGAAAUACGAAGAAUCAAGGGGCUAAGAGCAGGAAGGAAAAAGAAAACAUGAAAACACAGCAAGAGAAAGGAAAGUAACAGUGUUGGUGUGAUUGCAUGAUCAUGCUCGCACCUGUCAUUCUAGUCAAUGUGUAUAUAAACCAGAUCUAGUCAAAUAAUAAAACAGUCAUCUCAAUACACUCCCAUUGAGAACAUGACAAGUGUUAAGUUGUUGUUGUUGUUCAGUUACUUAGUGAUGUGAAACAAGUUUAGGAAUGAGUGUAUACUAUUGCACAUGCUAUUUUACUUGAUGCAUUUGUUAAUUUAUAAAUUGGCGAUAAUCGCUCAAAAUAUAGCCUUUUUGUGUUCCUCCUUUGGUGACAUACCUUACAGAAUUUAAUGAAGCAUCUGUCACCAACUCUAUCACAGAAAGAGCGCCAGUUUCAUCAAAUAGUGUUUUUUAGACCAAGGAUGAAAAAAGUCAAAAAAGUGUAUACAAAGGUGCAAAGUGCAAAAGGGCACUUACGUGAUAAGAAUUAUUUUUCGCCUUUGGCCAUGACAAUGUAUGCAUGGGCUUAAAGAAGAGAUAUGGAAUGCUCAACUGAAUAUGACUUUAUCACGUUCAGAUAGAUUAUUAGUACAUUCUACUUCAUAAGUAUUUGAAUUUACGCCUUCCGUUGUAGUCAAUAGUAGUGACGCUAAUGAAGCUCUUCUCCUUUUGGUCGGAGGCCUUUCGAAUGAAGAGAAUUACGAAAAAUCCCUUCAUUGUCGUUCACAUACUCGUGGAAAGUGCUAGCCUGAAGGUCAUAUCAGUGUCAAUUGUUAUCCCCCAACAAAUCAGCCAUUUACCUUCCAUCCACUGGUUUGAUCAACUCUGGUCAGAACCACCACCUAAUGCCUAUAUCAUGGAAAAGGCCGAAUCAACUGAUGAGAAUCAUGUAUGGUGUGUGGAUUAAUUCAAUCAGUUGGCCUGGUUCUUGGUAUCAGUUGGAUUAUGGACAAUUCGCCAGCUUUGGGCAUCGAUGUGAAAAAAGAUGGAAGUGAACAUUUGUGGCUCCCAAGAACCCAAAGCGACUGACUCCCUGUCGGGAAGGUUUCCAAACAUGCCCAUGUUCGUUGACAAUUGGCAGCCAAUCAAAUCGGUCCAAUUUGAUGACGUAUGCUCAACCUCGCGUAUCUAUGCCUAGAGCAUCUACAAUGCAGUCUGACUUACUUCAUCAGCUUACAUCCUCCAGAAUUCAGCCAUCUUGGCAGGGUCGACUUGGAACCUGUUAAGUUGUGAACUGGAUUCAAGCCUUCGAAGCAGAGUUGUAAUCAUGCAGAGAUGGGCUAUAGUGAUUAUGCUGUUCUUGGGCGCUUUGUUCAAUUUACCCACGACAUGGUCCAAGCACACCCCUAAGAUUGUUGAGGCAGUUGUUAUAGACGCGGGUUCAAGUCACACCUCGGCCUUGUUAUACCGUUGGAGUUCAGAUCUGAUUAGUGGCACUGGUUUGGUACAGGAAAUGGAACAGAUCUAUUUGGACACGCCUGUGACGUCAUUUGCCGGGGACCCUGGUAAUUUGACCACUUUUAUGCAGGAUUUAAUCAACGACAUGAAAGAUUGGGGUUCGACUUCAAGUGACAUUCCUAUCUACGUCGGAGCCACGGCUGGAAUGCGAAUAUUGCAAGAAUCAAAGCCAGAAGAUGUGGAUGAGAUCCUGGAGGUGAUUGAACGUGUAAUCAAGAACAGUCGUUUUGAAGUGGGCGAUGUGGCAAUCCUGUCAGGAUCGGACGAAAGUCUCUAUAGUUGGUUGUCCGUGAAUGUUUUGUCUCGAGCUAUUCCCGCCUCACCCAAGGGAUCAUCUGGAAAUGAACAAAUUGAAACCGCUGGUGCAUUGGAUAUGGGCGGUGGAUCUCUGGAAGUGGCUUUUAAUUGUGUGGAUGGUUGUGAUCAAGCACAUACGUUGGAUGUGUUUAACCAAACUUUCACAGUAUGGCCUUCAAUGGCAAGUUGCUACGGUAUAAGGGAGGCCAUGGGUCGGUAUACGGCCUUGACUAUCUAUCAAGCUUUUAAGAGAGGCGAAAACUUGACUGGCGUCGACAUUCACAACCCAUGUGCAAAUGAACAUAGCCAAUUGAGGGAUAAAUGGUUGGGGGAUUUUUCCACUAUAAAAUCCAACAUUUUUACCAACAACUGCACAAAAAUUAUUGACGCCGAAUUUUCUGACUGGCUCGUCUCAAUACCUGAUGGUUUGGAAUUUCACUUUCAUGAUUCUUACGACGAGCACAAGUGCGACCAAGUUUUGGAACCUUUGACCAACUUCAGUGCAUGCCGGGAAAUAUUUGGACAGGAAUGCCUCAACCCAUCAGGAUUAUCAUUACCAAAUGAUACCUUCUAUGGAUUCUCGUCUUUCUACCACAGUUUUAGAAAACCACUGAAUCUUGAAAAAUCGACAGAUUACGCCACAGCCAUGCACAAAAUCAAAGAGGUGUGUCAAGAACCUCAAAGUUGUGACACGUGUUCCAAGACAGACUGUUUUGAAGUGUCGUACGUUUUUAAGAUCUUGACAGAUGGGCUCAGUUUUAACAAAGACACCUUUGGUCAUCUUCAAUUCGUUGAUGAAAUCAAAGGAAGUCAAGUUUCGUGGACCCUAGGAUACGCUACUAUGCGUUCCCAGGAACCUCUAGACGAAAGUCGAAAUAUCACACUGAUAUCACAAUGUUUCUUCCCAUGGAUGAUUUUAAUUUGUGUAAUGUGUAUACUCUUCCACCUUACAUAUUGUUUUUUACCUCUAUGCUCUUUAUGUUGACUUCAAAGCUGCGAAAAUGGGAACCAAGCAAAUUAACGUUUUAUAAUUAAAAUAUGCAAGAAAACUUGAGUUGCAUUCGGCUGGAUGCUCUUGGGUAUUGGGAGAUUAAAUUGUUUUUGCUUGUGGUGUUAAAGCUCUCCAGCCCACCUUGGCGGGGAUAUUUCUUUUCGUGAGUAAAAAUUUAUCGUUGAGGGAAGAUGAUCAAGAAAAGCCUGGUGUAUUAUCUGAGGCAGUCCCAAGAUGCGCAUGUCUUCUAAUGGUAGUAACUGAUGAUGCUUAAAAAGUACACUAGUGUGGUAAUAUUAUGAACCUCUGCCUUCCCGCCAAUAUGUUCAUAGUACCUAUGCUCUCCACACUCGCUCCUGUACCUUCCUCGCCACCUAUUUAAGCUUUACACUUUCAAACAACAGUCAUUUUCUUCCCAACUCAUCCACCUCUUAAACAAUAAACUUCAUGAUACCCUCAACAAAUUGAUUUGUGUUGAGAGAGCAAUUUUGCUUUGUUGAUCCGAUUGCCCGUUCAUGCAUCAUUGUUGAAAUACCUUUGUUUGUACCCUGCCCAACAAUCUCUAAUCCGCAGCCAUGAAUACUACGAAUAAAACCGUUGUGCAAUAGUUUUUAACACCGA